GUCACACUCCAAUAUUUCCGGACAGAAAUAUCGAGUGGGAAACAAACCCGAUGUUCCUCCACAGAAACACGGGGGCACACGGGACCGAUGCAAACGGGGGUUGCGUCUCUUUGUUGACUCAUCGAUCGAGUUUAAUAGCGAAUCAACUGAGUGAUAAGUAGUAAACGGUGGAAACACUCCGAUGAGCAGCGGGAACCACGCGCGCGAUCUGAAAUGAUUUACUUUCAGUUUUUCUCAAGAGGAAGUUAGCGCAAUUGAGACCGUGAUGCUGGAGGUGUGAUCAUGGAGGCCAGAGGUGAAGAUGAGGCUGCAGAUGUUAACUGCGAGUCCAGAGAUGACAGGUCCUAUGAGAUCAUGGAUGUGGACGAAGACGAUUUGUUCAGACACUCCACCACUUUGACCAACAAGCAGCGUGGGAACGAGGUCACCGUGCGUCCAGCGACAUUAGACUCUCUGUCCAUACACCAGCUGGCAGCUCAGGGCGAGGUUUCACAAGUGGCUGCACACCUGAGUAAAGACAUGUCACUGCUCAGCCAGCAGGACGAACGGGGCUUCACUCCUCUCAUGUGGGCAGCAGCGUUUGGAGAGAAAGCAGUGGUGGAUUUUCUCCUGGAAAAGGGUGCAGACCCCAAGACAAUAGCAAGGGAGCGAGAGAGUGCCCUGACACUGGCCAGCUCCGGAGGUUACGUGGACAUCGUCGAGUCUCUUCUCAGACAUGGAGUCGACAUCAACACCUACGACUGGAAUGGUGGAACUCCUCUUCUCUAUGCUGUACGAGGGAACCACAUCAAAUGUGUGGAGGUGCUCUUAGCGAAGGGAGCAGACAUGACCAUUGAGUCCGACUCUGGGUACAGCCCAACGGCCUUGGCUGUUGCGCUCGGACACAAAAAGAUUCAGAAAGUGUUGGAGGACCAUAUUCUGAAACUCUACAAGCCAACACCAACAGCAACAUGACAGGUGUUUAAAUAAAUGACACAGUUGAUCUCAGAUGACUUAGACCUCUGUUACAACUUAUUGCAAUAGACUAUUACAUAUGCAGAUUCAUUUACACUUAGUAAGCUGCAUUUUAAAUCAUAAACCAUUUAUUCCAUGUAUGUGCAUUACCCUGUAUGCAGUGGGGGAAGGACAGCAAGAAAUGACUGUAAACAAGUUUUAAUAAAAAUGUAUUUUUAUACCGUU